AUGUUAAAGUAAAAUAUUAAUGAAUGCUUUAUUUCCCUAAUCGACUCUGAAUCUAAUGCUUCUGUUUAUUUAUUAUCACCUUAGUUAUUCUCCAGAAGCAAAACUAAAUCAUUUUAUUUAUAUUUUAUUAUUUACAUUUUUAAAAUGUUUUAGAUAUUAUGAUUUUAUACACACACACACACACACACACACACACACACACAGUAAAUACAUAAACAGAUGCUGUAAAGUAAUAACCAUUUAAAAAACAAAGUGUUAAUAGUUUAUAUUUAUUAAUUAACAAAAUGGAAAGUAUAUGAACAGAAGAGAAAUCCAAAUCAAUAUUCGUUGUGACUCUUUGUCUGCAAAACACCAUCAGUUCUUCUCAGUUCACUUACACACAGUUUUAGAAGGAACUCAGAUGUAGGUUGUUUUACUCAUCUUGGAGAUCUAACCUCAGAUCUUCUGUGGCUGUAAGCUGCCUCAGAUCCUCCUGUCUCUUCUGCCUCAAAUCCUCCUGAUGCUUCUGCCUCAGAUCCUCCUGGCACUUCUGCCUCAGAUACUCCUGUGUGUGUGUGUGUGUGUGUGUGUGUGUGUGUGUGUGUGUGUGUGUGUGUGUGUGUGUGUGUGUGUUGAUUUAGUAGUUUUUGUUACUUUUUUAUUGAUUAAAGUGUAAGAAGCUUCAGUGACCCUCAGACACAAACCUCUACAAUAGGGAGAAGAUAAACAGUAGAUCUCUUUAGUACACUUUAUUAUGUGCACUUAUCAGACUUGGCUUUUAUCAGAUGGCCACUUAAAUCUGAAAAGUAGAUUUAGUUAUCUGGUGUUUAAUUUGUUUUACUUUUUAUCUUUUAAUAGUUUUUCAUAGCUGAAUGACUUUAGCUAUGACUUUAGCUGUCACUUCUUCCUGUUGUUCUUUUCAUGUCACUGCCCAAUCAUCCAGACUGUGAGGUCUGUAAAUCUUCCUUCUUCAACAAGUGUGAGGUUCACGGCCCAGCGCUCUUCAUCCCUGAUACCCCUGUUCCAGUGGGGGUCACUGACCGAGCCAGACAAACUCUUCCUCCUGGACUAGAGAUUCGGAAAUCUGCUAUUCGUGACGCAGGUCUGGGGGUGUUUAAUAAGGGGGAGACCGUUCCAGUCGGGGCGCACUUUGGGCCGUACCAGGGUGAGCUGGUGGACCGAGAGGAAGCCAUGAGCAGCAGAUACUCCUGGGUGAUCUACAGGAGCAGCGAGUGUGAAGACUAUUUAGAUUCGAAGAAGGAGAGGUUUGCGAAUUGGAUGAGAUAUGUGAAUUGUUCGUACAAUGAUGAAGAACAGAAUCUGGUGGCGUUUCAGUAUCGAGGGCAGAUUCUGUACCGUUGUUGUCGACCCAUCAGCCCAGGAGAGGAGCUGUUAAUGUGGAAUGAAAAGGAAUAUCCCAAAGAUAAAGACCCGUCGUUUCAGCAGCUCUGGGACAAAAAGUGCUCUUCAAACGAAGUCCACAGUUCACCGUUACAAGUCGUCUCCUGCUCCUUAUGUUCACUUUCCUAUACAUCUCAGAUUUAUCUUGACAAGCACGUGAGGAGAUGUCACUACGAUGAUUAUGUGAGACUUAAUAAAUUGAGAGAGAUUAAAAAUGAGACCCCGAAGCCUGUAAAGUGUUCAGUUACUCAGCAAACAUCUGGGACGAUCAGUUCCAGCAAAAGUCACAACGUUAUGAAAAAAGAUGUUCACCACUGCUCCGAGUGCGGGAAGGGUUUUACACAUCCGAGUUCUCUGCUGCGACACCAGCGUAUUCACACAGGAGAGAGGCCGUAUCACUGUACACAGUGUGGGAAGAGUUUUACUAAACACAGUGCGCUCCAACUGCACCAGCGCAUUCACACAGGAGAGAGGCCGUACCACUGCUCCGAGUGCGGGAAGAGUUUUAUUCACCCCAGUAAUCUCCGUAAACAUCAGCGCAUUCACACAGGAGAGAAGCCGUAUCACUGUCCUCAGUGUGGAAAGAGUUUUACUCAGCAGAGUAAUCUCCAGCAACACCAACACAUUCACACGGGGGAGAAACCGUAUCAGUGCUCACAGUGUGAGAAGAGCUUUAAUCGCCAGAGUCAUCUCAAACUACACCAAAGCAUUCACACAGGAGAGAAGCCAUAUCACUGCUUCUGUGGGAAGAGUUAUAAUCACCGUUCUGGUCUUCACAAACACCAGCAUGUUCACACAUGAGAGAAGCCUCAGGGACGAAGUUCUGAUGGACAGGAACUACACAGGAACUCCAAAAACAGCAGUGCAUUCACACUGGGAUAAAGACAUAUCACUGCUCAUAGCAUGUCACCUCUUCUGCCUUUGUCUUAGGGAGUUUUUCCUCACCACUGCAGUAUGCACUUGACCUUCUGAGAUAAUGAGGAAGAAACCUUGAGAGGAACCAGACUCAGAACCUCAUCCACAUUUGGGUGACACAGGACAGGACAUAAUGCACAUGUAAAUAAUGUCCUUUCUACAACAGUUUAUAGUGCAGCCGAGAUCCUGAGGAACUGAUGUAGUCAUUUGUGACACCACUUCUGGUGUGUGACUGUCUUUGUAAUAUCUUUUCUACAAGAAUUGUGUAUUGUUAUUAGUGUGACCAAAAGCUACCAACAGGUCCGAGUCCAUUACAGUUCAUUAAAAACACAAGACUUA